CUGCUGCGAGAAAGAGAGCAAUAGAGAAAGAGAGAGAGAGAGAGAGAGAGAUCGUACGCGCGCUCACCGCCUGCGCGCUCCCGAGCUCUGCUUUGCUCCGCACCGCACCAAACACACACAUACACACACGGAGACACGCGCACACACACACACACGCCGAGCCGCUGCAACCAUGUAUGCACCUGCGGCCUACCCAGGCCGCCCUGCCCGCCCCGGCUUACUGGUGCUGGGGGCGGCCGAGUGAGGGGCCCCGCGCUCUUGGCAUGGGCAGCGUGGGGAGUGGAGCCUCCAGCCAGCGGGCCAUCACCAUGCGCAGCGUGGGCACACGUACCACACCUAACGGUCCCCUGGCGGGCCGGCGGCGGCUGGAUGACCGCAGCUUCAGUGCAGACCGCCUGCCCCCGCCUGCCACUAAAACGGCCGGGGUGUCCGUGCCUGACGAGCCCAGUGGUUACAGUGGCCAGAGGGAGUGUCACCCCAAUGUCCGCGACUCCUCCCACAAUGCCUCUUCCUCUUCCCACAACGCCAACCGACAGCAUGCCAUCAACGGUGAGAGGCAGCUGUCUAAUGCCUCCUUCUCCAACGGCGCAGUGAGGAGGGAGGGACAUAGGCGGGGGGAGAGCAUGGACUUCUGUGGGAACAACAUAGUCCUCACAAAUGACAAAAACGGCAGCCACCAAGCUCCGCUACAGCACAAGGACAAGAGCAAAUCCAAGCCAGACAACCACAAUCCCCCCAACAUCCUGCCCGUCUCCGGCAAGCUGGAGCAAGCACAGCAGGACCCCGACACACUGGUCCGACCCUCUGCCUUUAAGCCUGUGGUCCCCAAGAGUUUCCACUCCAUGCAGAACCUUGUGUGCCCCCUCCAGGCUAGCGCAGGUGCUGGAGGGGGUCCGGGUAGCAGUGGCAGUGGAGGCAGCGGGGGUGAGAGAGGAGGCCAGGCUGCCUCUGGAACUCGCCACGAUGAGGACAGUCCAAAUAGCCGGGGGGGAAAUCACUCUGGGGGAGGCCGGGGCGGUCAGGGCAGCCUGUCGGACUCUGGAAGGAACUCUCUGACCAGCCUGCCCACCUAUGCGGGCUCAAGCUAUGGUCCCCCACCGGCCCUGGGGCCACUCAGUGCCUCCACCAGCCACAUCAACCGGCUGGGCACUGCUGGCCUGGACAAGCCAGACAAACCGGGCUACCAGAACGGCCUCAGUGCCUCCGACAGUGGACGCUCUUCCUCAGGCAAGAGCUCCUCGUCCUAUCAGCGGCUCAGCCACCUGAGUGAUGCUCCAGCGCCCCUCCGGCCCUCACCGUCCUCGGAUGAUGUCAUCCGUGACCUGGAGGAUCGUCUCUGGGAGAGAGAGCAAGAGGUGCUCCACAUGCGGCGGAACUUGGACCAGAGUGAGGCAGCCAUUGCACAGGUGUUUGAGGAGAAGCAGCGGGUUUGGGAGCGCGAGAUGGAGGAACUGAGGCAGAACUACGCAGGUCGGCUUCAGCAGGUGACCCGCCGUGCGCAACGCUCCCAGCAGGCCCUUCAGGCCCAGAUCACCCGCCUGCAGCAGGACAAGCGUCGGCUCCAGGACGAGAUGACCCUGCUGCUAGCACAGCGUGAGGAGCUGGAGAAGAAGUGCCUGGACUACAGGAAGGAGCAGGCUGACCUCCUGCCCAAGCUGGAGGAGACGAAGUGGGAGGUAUGUCAAAAGGCAGGUGAGAUCUCCCUGCUCAAGCAGCAGCUUCGGGACAGCCAGGGCGAGGUGACCCAGCGGGCGGGCGAGAUGGUGGCCCUGCGGAAUCAGAUGAAGGAGCUGAAUGCCCAGUUGAGGGAAAGGGAGGAGGCCGAGCUCAGCCUGAAGGAGUCUUUCUGCACUAAGACACUGGAGCUGGAGCGCUGCGAGGCCGAGCUACAGGCCAUGCUGGCAGAGGUGUCUGUGCUGAGAGACAAGCUGAGCGCCUUCGAGACGGAAGUUGCCGGGCUGAAGAAAGCUCUGAGCGAGCUCAGCCAUACAGCUAAUGCUCGGGCGCCUGAGCACAGCCUGGCUGAAAUGGGUCAGCUGGUGCUGUCGCGGAGUCGGGAGCGCCUCCUCUCCCCUCUGAGCCCCCCAGAGACCCCCACUGCCUCUCUCCCUGCCCUUCCUGCUCUACCAGGCCUCCCUGCUCUGCCUCCUCUCCCUGCUCCCGCCUCACUGCCAGGGGCAGACCCACUGCUCAGCCUGCAAAGCGACGACUCCAAAGCGCAGCGACAGGAGGCUGGGGACCUGCGGCGGCAGCUGGAGCUCCUUCAGGGCGAGUUGCGCCUGGAACGGCAGCAGCGUGAGCGGCAAGCCCUCAGCUUCGCCCAGGAGCGCCAGACGUGGCAGGGCGAGAAAGAUCGCGUGCUCAAGUACCAGGCCCAGCUGCAGCUCAGCUAUGUGGAGAUGCUGCAGAAGAACCAGGCACUGGAGGAGCGUGUGGACCAGCUUGGUUCACAGCUGGUCACUCCCACCUUGGCCUUGCCUCCCUCUCCGGCUUCUCCACCGCCGCCGCCACACCCACAGCCACCAAGUCUGGAAGCCCAGACGCCAGUGUCUGUGGCUAUUUCGCUCACUUCCCCGACUCCGCCGGCAGAGGAGAAGAAGCUCCAUCAGCUGGCACCUCCAUGGCCCGUCCCGACUCGCCUGGAGAGGAUUGAGUCGACAGAGAUUUGAUCUUCAAUCUGGAGUUGACGGCGAAUGUGACCUCUUUGAUGCAGUAAAAGAAACAAGAAUCCCACUUAGGGCACCGAUUACAAUAGCGAAUACAGUUAUACAGUUGUACAAAAGUACGAAUAAGUACAAACUCCCCUGAAACAUAAUAUAAUAAUAAAAAGGUCAUGUCAACAGCUUCUGAGGACAGUCCAAGGAUGCCCUGCUGAGUGAGGCAGAGGUCAGGGUUGAGGGGUGAAGAUAGUUCAUUAUAAACAGUAAAUAGUAUGUUCGUGUGGCCUUAUUGACUGACCCAUAGGAAGAAAAGCUCUGUAUCUUGAUUUUUGUAAAGCUGGUUGGGCGAUAAAAGAAAGAGCUGGCCCUGAGUCUGUAGCCAAGGGGAAGUGAGGAGUACCUGGAUUUAACACUCAGGGGAUAAGGGAUCAGGCAUUAAUAAUAAUCCAUAUUUACGGCUAGACUGUUGGAGCUUUUUAGCCACGUUGCCCUCUUAGCUGGAGAGCGGCUACCUGAUGCCAUUCAGUACACAAAUUGCGAUGAAAAAGAAAAAAACUGACAUUUUCUUGGUUAGACCCAAGAAAUAAAUAUCCAAUUUUUAUCUCAACACACAUCAAACCAAGCUUAAAAACAGCUCAAAACUGUGGGUGCUGUGUAAUUAUCACACUACUCUGAAAACCCACAAAAACACAACAAACAGUAGAAACAGGACAGAACAUCUGAAUUAUAUACCUGAAUAGACUUUCGUUUGUUUAAUUUUUACUCUAAUGAGAAGCUGAAGCUAUGGGGAAACUUGAUGCUCACUUAUUUAAAGUGCUUGUCCAUACCAUCGUUUCUUUUAGUGAAUAGAAGCAGGACCAAAAAUGAUAUUUAUAAAAUGGUGCCGGUCUCGGGUUCCCUUGCAGUGGAUUGUUGUAGUUGCAGUCAUUAUUGGGACACCAGUGGACACCAAGGCAUGGUGUGUGAUUUGCGUAAGAGCGUGCCUCAACCCUCCUGCUGUUAUUAGCCAAAGCAGUGGCGGAGGACUUACCACAUGGACGUUUGACUCAGAACGUCCUGACCAGAACAUUGUUUUCUGCCUUUUUUUUUUUUGUUCCAUGUUUCCAAAAUGACGUAGAAUAUAUUAAAAAGAGAGAAGAGAGAAGUAUUACAGAAAAAAUACAAACAAACAAACAAAAAACACAAAAAAACUAAUAUGUUAAUGCACUUUGCUUUGGUCUCAGACAAUGUUUCUUUUUAGAGAGAGAGGUUGUUUGUAAGUUGUUAAUGAACAGCAUCUGCUUACAGAUGUUUGGUUUAUGAAGCUGCUAGUUAGUGGGAGAAAGCGGAGUCAGCGGCUGAGCCAAAAAAAAAAAAAAGAAAUGAAAAAACGCUAAGAGGGCAAUCGGAAUAGUUUGCGGAGAGGAACACGCUUCUAAAGCACCUUUCCUUUGCAGUUAAUUAAUUAGUUAUAUUGUUAUAUUUGAGCAGGACCUUACAUUCUUCCAAAAAAAGAAGAAAAAAAAAAAAAAAGAAGAGAGAAUAUGUGUCAAUGUAUACUUUCUGAAAGUAUCACUUUAGAAUAUUUGACUUUCAAAAGAAAAUAUAAUUAUGCAGUAGAUUUGAAGUGAUGUUUUGAAGUAAGUACACCGUGUACGCAGGCUGUGUCGCCAUAUCUGAAUGGGUUCUAGAGGCUGAAGCGCCUGAAGUCGUGUUGGUUGGUCAGUGAGGGGGAUUAGGUAGUGCGAUUGUGUAGUGUGGGUUAAGGUUGAUGAAAAAAUGUGAAAGGUUUAGAUAAAUUUAUGACAGGUGGUGAUACAAAGACAGACUGAAAAGUGGUAGCAUUGAAAAAGACAAAUAAACAACAAAAAAACAAUAACACCUUUUGUCACAAAGCUUACAGUAGUAUCAAAAGCCCUACAAUAUGACAAUUGUGGGUUUGACUGAUUAUUGUACUGUACAGGCAGGUGUAUAGAAGGCCUAAUAUCUUAAGUCUCGUGUUGACUGGUCAGAAAUAUGAUGGGAGUUCACUAGAGGUGCUUUAGUAACCCUUAGAAGUCAAGUUACCCCAGUAUUUUGCUGUGCUAUUCAGUACAAAUUGGCUAAGUUCAGAAUAAGACUGAUGACGAUUUGCCAUUAUUAUCAUUUAUAUUUAUAUAGUGUUCUUUUCAAAUAAACCAAAUUAGAAAGCCAGUGUCGACCAGUUAAUCAAUCAAUCAAUCAAUAGAUCUGUCAGCCUUUAUUUAAGGUUUUACAUUAAGGGUAAUCCCUACAAUGUAGCCAAGCUGAUACAAAAAAGCUAGUAAAAUAAAUCAAAUAAAAUAAUUUAUAGGAUAUGAUAGUAGUUAUGUAGAAUCUUCUAAAAGCAGAUUUUCAUAAUUCAGUAAAAGUUAAAAUGUGACAAAUGUUUACAAUCUGCACUUUCAAAAGAAUUAUCCAGUUUCUAUGAAAUAAGUUUAUUAAGAAAUUCAUAUAAAUAAACAGAGUGUUUUUAAUGACGAUAUCUGCGACUUCUAAGGGUCAACUCAAUGCUUGGAACGUGUACCACAUACAGACAUCAGCAGAGAAAGACCUGAUUUUACCUCAUUAUGCCAAUGAGAUCAUCUACAAAUUAAUUUUUUGGGUCUUUCACUGCUAAAAAGGAGUAUAUAUGUGUAGAUAAUGGGACAUUUUAGGUUGUUACAGGACCCUACAACUGUACAUGCACCUCAAUUUCUAAUAACUGCUGCGAUAACCUCCAAACUGAGGGGUUUAACUGCUGUAAUCCCAUACACUCCAUUUAUUCUUACCUGUGCCAUCACGACCGGUGUCGUGAGACGUUUUGAGAUUACUGAACUGAGAUUAUCCGAAUUUAUCCGAUCCUUUGAUCCUUUAUUUUUUUGUAGCUUUAUGACAUUGGGUGUUAAGUGAGGCAUAACCUACAAAGCUUUAGAUGGACACCACCCCUCUACUGUCUUUGGCCACAUUUGCUGCUAUGUAAUUCUGUUGUGUCCUGCUGUGUUCUUAGUAGAGACAAAGGGGCAGUUGAUUGCAUGUAAAUAUCAUUGUUAUUUAUGUGUACAUAUCUAUUCUAUCCAAAUAUACCAAGCUAUUGCGUGUGAAUACUUUUGUGAAUUAAUGAGACUGACAUGUCAGCUUUUAUUUUUCAAACUUAUCGAUAUAGGAAUAUAAUAUAAUAUAUAAAUCUUUUAAAAAAUUUAAAUCGGCCAUUACAUGUUACAAUCAAGAUAAAUACAUGAGAGCCCUUCAGUGUCUUCUAUCCCCCUCUGUCUCACAGUUCUUGAAUUAUACGAAGGGAGGACAAACUGUCACCAAUGUUUUCAUUCUGAUUUUUUAUGCUUCGAAAUCGCUUGGGGAAAAAAGCAUAUCUUAGCAAAUAUGAAUUCAAAUAAUAAAGAUGUGAAUAAAAAUAAA